CGGAAUUGAGCUCUGCUGCCAGCACAGGCAUGCCACUUGUCGUGGCAGCAUGAUGAUGCCCAUCUGCAGCUGCUGCAACUUGGGGCCCCACAGGCAGCCCACCAGCGCUUGGUUGAAGUAAGGCAUCUUGAACAAUGCCAAUGAGUCUUGUGCUGACGCUCUGGACGAUAGCGUCUUGCAAGCACACAUCAGGGACAAUGUCAGCAUGCAGACUGCUACGAGUAGAGCUUGGGGCAUGUGCUGCGGCACUUGCCAGUGGAAGUGUGCCAUCGGUUGGUUGGUAUGGGUACUUGGUAUCAAUUGAAUCAGCCUGCAGUAGAAAUGCGGCAAUCUCAGCUGCAGUGCGUGAGUCUUUUGACCGGCUGACACUUGCAGGUGUGCUGUCAGAAGCAGUCACACCGAAUAGCUGAGCGCGAUGUAGAGAGU